CGACAGGCAAUAGGAGGCAAGUUGGAAGCCAAUCGCAUGUUACUUCAACAAGCGACGCUCGAGUCAGACGUUUGACUUGAAGCCGCUUCGCUUGAUCAGUAGAUUUAGAACUCCAGCUCGUUUUUCUUUCGUGUCGCCAGCAUCAUAUGCACUUCAUUUCACGAACGCAACCUACUUAAAAAGCUUAAGCACUCUGUGGCAGCUUUAUGUUUCCGGCUAUCCUAGUAUACACGAUUUUUUUUCAAGGUUGGUAGUUAAGUUUUAUCUCGUUGACGUUGUAUGACACAAAGUACAAAUAAAUCAAAACUCCACAUACAAAUACCUACAAGAUGUUGACUCGCCUCCUCUCUAGCAGAGGUGGAGCUUUUUUCACCGCAGUGUGGUUGCUUCUGGCCUGCUGUAGUGUGAAUCCGGUUGAGGCGAAAUGGAGAAUGACAGCUGCGCAAAGCGGGCAGCAGCCGACGGAUACUAGCCAGGUAGAGGGGGUGGACAAUGAACAAAUAAACAGUAUGGACGUUCAGGUGGACGUGGAGGUGGACCAAGGACAUGUUGACCAAGGGAAAAAUAAAGGCGUUGAAUCUUCUGGAUUGAACAGCCUUGCGGCUUUGCAGCAGUCGCUACCACAAGUCGACGUGGCGACAAAGAACGGCGCGAGGGAGGUUUUAUGUUCGCCGAAUCGACAACCGCUUGGACAGCAACGUCGCACGGGCUUGGAAGGGGACCUGCGUGCCUUGCAGGAGUCGCUGCAAGUGAUUUCCUCCGAACAAAAGCAGCAGGAGGAAGAGGCCAACGCAAAAGCCGUCGAAGAGCGAGAAAUGCAGGCCAGAAUCCAGGCAAUAGACUUCGAACUUGAGGAGCGAGAUGUAAGGCGAGCACUGGCUCGGCUGAACCAGCACAGAACGCCGGAACUGAUCGAGCUACUCGCAAAAUCUCGCAUACUAGUCGGCCUGUUUCACCAUUUCCCUGACGGUGCGCCGGGGCAUCGGCAUGCUGAGCUUGCCGAAGAGGUGGUGGAUGAAGACCUCCGGCUCGUCCUGCAGGAGGACGAGGAGGAGCCCAGCCCGGUCAGCCGCGGUGGGAAAUUUCGGCGGGUCGCCGAGGAUGGCAGGGCGGUGCAGGUACUACAGAAUCAAGGAGACCACCACGACAACGAAGUGGAGGUAAAAUGCUUCGUGCAAGCGUAUUUAAAACAAAACCUACACGAAGACAAGUUUCUUCACUGUUCCAUUGACCGCCUGACUUCAUACAGCAGCGACGAAGUACGGGCGGCUGUGGCGCGACUGGACGAGGAUGGAGACGCAGAGUUGAAGGGGUUGCUAACUUGGCUGCACCAAAGCCCUGCGAACAAUCGGUACAUGGGGCGUCUCUACCAGAAAAACUCCGGAUCCUGGGUCGGGGUUACUGACGAGGAGCUGCAGUUUCGCCGAGUGCUGCGCGAACUAGAUUUUUUACUCGAAAAAAUAAGGAACGGUGACACCGGACCCAGGCAAUCCGCGCGCAGCGCGGCAGCCGCGGCGUUUUCGCCUCGUGUAAAGAGUGUCGUGUUGCCGGCCGGUCGUUCCAACCUAGAACUAGAAGAAGGCACGGAUCAUGAGCCCGAAAUGGCAAGUGGCGAACAUGCAGCGGACAAACCUAAUCAAGACGUGGAGAAUAAGCAAGACGAGAAGAUGAGCAUGCAACUCAGUGGAGCGUUUUCGUCAAAAGCACUUACGCAAUCCGAAUUGAACGACCUAGGACAAAAGUAUGACGACGACGCGCUCGCGGAACUUUUGCCUUUACCGCACCCCUGGGUCGAGCACCAGCACGACGACGCGAUUGUGCCCGGAGAAAAAUUCUUUUUCAAUCCGCACACCGAGGAAAAAACCGUCACCCGGCCCCGUCGCCCACCCAUGGGCGAAAACUGGCGGGGCUACCGCAGUGCCGACGGUCAGAUCGCCUACUGCAAUCUGGAGACUGGGCACACGCAGAAGGAGCACCCGGGCGAUAGUUGUACUAGUAAUAUAAUGCAACAAGGACCAGGACGAGGCAACUACAUGGAGGUCGCCCACCCUGCCCGGCCGCGUCGUCGCACGACGUUAGGAGCGCGCCAACCUCCGCCCACCAAUUUCGCUCUACGCGCCUUUCGACAACGGGAGCAGGCUGCGGCGCGGAGGACAACUCCUGGCGAAGAUCGCAACAGGGGCUUGGGAAAUCUCGAGGCGCUGAGACGUGCGUUACCACCAGACGGCGGUACCCAGGAAAAAACACCCAUCCCCAUCCAUUUUUUGCAUGACCGAUAGUGGAUUUUAUGCAUGUUCUGCAUCACAAAUUGGAUGGGGAUGGGUGUUUUUUCCUGGAUAGGCGGGCUGAGCAGUAUACAAGAAGAGGAGGAAGAACAACAAGUGGGUGAAGAUGUUAUUUUUGAUACAACCAGUGGCGAUGCAGAUGCAGAUCUACUUCAUGCGGAAGACGAAGAUGCCGAAGCCGAGCAACAACAGAGAGGAGGCACCAACAUUAUUCAGCACCAGGACUCCUGGAGGCCAGCGCCAGAGCUACAGUUUCGCCCGCCGGCCCUGCCCACCCUUCUCGCUGUUCCAGAGCAGCUGCAGCAUGAACUACAUGACUUUCCCUCCCCUGCGCCGCCAGGUGGAGGAGCUCUUGCAGCAAAACCUAACAGCAGAAAAAGACAGCUGGAGCGGUCCCACAACUACCACAACGGGUAUCUUCGUCUUCCUGAUUUCGUUCCACAGGAAGCAACUACACCUACAGAGCCCGGUGUUGUUUUACCGCCUCCAGGACGCGAAUCAACGCAGAUGAUGAAGUAUAGCAAUAUCGUGCCAAGGCAUGCAGGAACAAACCAAGAGUUGUUGCCAAAGUCCUCGACUGAGAGGGUGCAUGCCGAAGAUUAACCGUAUGCUUGAAUCAGGUCGUCGAUGUUGCCUUGGACAUCACAAAGUGCGGUUGGUAAGAUGGCCACGAGGAAAUUCCACGGCGGGCAGUUAAAAAAGCGUCCGGACGAACGUUUCCUCACUAAUAUCUUUUCGAUGGAAAAUUUUUAUCUCUUGUUCACCAUCAUGUUGUCACACAAAAAUCUUUGUAUAUUCAUACGCAUGGUAGCCAUCUCAAGCUUUACCUUUAAGAAUUAUCGCAAAAACAUACAAGUACACGAACAAGCAUAAACCAUACGAUCAGUGAGAAUUGUCGUUGUGUCUGCUUCGUUACCCUCCAGCGUUCGACAGCAAAGGAGCCGUGCAGUUUCGCAUUUUUCUGUCGAGAUACUGACAACUGAUACCCUACAUCGUGCCGAUACCGAUACAGAUUUCGAUUUUUUUUCUUUUUUGACUCGGAUGAAGAGGAAAAAAGAUAGAAAUUCGACGAAGCUUUUGCUUCGCCUCUCUUGUUUUUAGAGAAACUAGGGGCGGUGGAAAAUUGCCUCUAUACUACAGCAGAGCCUUCCGAGGGGUCAAAAGCAAGGUGUAUGAUCACGGGAGAAAGACGCUUGUUGGAGCUGAAAGCAUGGAAGCCCUAGCGCUGGAAAAUAUCAAAAAGAAGAAUCGCACUGCAUAAUCGACAUGCCAAAAGUUGUGAUGUGGUAUAAGGCGUAAGCGUAUCCCUGCAAGAAAAGAAGAAAAAGCAGAAGGAAUGUAGCCCCGGUGUGUUACUUACUGGCGUUCUGAGGAUAGAGGAAAUUGACGACUGCAAGUUCUGAUUUAC